AUGUACCUAUUUUUAAGAAUAGGAGAUUUUAUUCGGCUCUAUUCUUUUUAUAUCUUGAUUUAUCAAAUGAAGAAAAACCAGAGUUGUGUAGGCGUCUCAUUGAAAACUCAGUACCUUUAUUUAAUGUCUUUUUUGCUACGAUAUACAAGUUUAUUUUUAUUGCAAGAUUUGAGAAUUUUUCAUUCAAUCAUGAAAAUUUUAUUUCUUUUCCUCACAAUUUAUAUAAUCUACUUGAUAAAAUACUCAGAGAAAAUAAGCAAAAGUUAUGAUAAAUCAGAUGAUAUCGGGAAUAUUUAUAUUUACUUGGUUUCAAGCAUAUUUAUUUCAUAUUGUUUUUACACAGAAGACGUGUUAUGAUUAGCUUCUUUUAUUUUAGAGUCAAUAUCAUUUACCCCGCAAUUAAUCAUGAUUAUAAGACUUAAAGAAGUUGAAGUGACGUCAAACUAUGCAUUUUAUUUAGGAUUUUACCGCUUAAGUUACCUUAUCCAUUGGAUUCUUAAAUGCUUUUCAGAUUUUUAUUUUUUAUCUCUUCCUUAUUUAGCAUUAAUUCAGAUCAUCAUUUAUCUAAUUUUUGCUUAUAAUUGCUACAAAACCAAGCACCAUAAAAGCUACUAUGUAACUUUGCCGUAUUAA